AUGGAGAACCCGGUAAUUGUUAUUAGGGUGUCCAAUCGACCGGAUUGGACAACGUCUGACAACUCGGUCGGAGUAGACACCCUGCUUAUUAUUUGGAAUUCAAAGAAGUUUCAGUCUCCCCGCUCUAUCGCUGCAGCUGUUAGCGACAAUCAGAUUCUAAACAGGAAGGCUUUUUCGUGUGUCGAAAUAAUUAACGUCGUUGACUUUUUAAAAGUCAUGAACCAGUCCAAAGAUUACAUUCAGCGUGUUUCUAUUACGUGGCCGCACAAGUAUGUUGCAAAGCACCUCCUACUUUGGCCCUCUCAAAAUGAAUUGUGUUGCGCCCCGAAGAGAGGCAGUUUAACAGGAUGGUUUGUUAACAUAUUACUCCCCACAUCGCCUUCAAUGCUGCAUCUUCAUCAUGACAUCAUGACAUUGACAAGCGCUACCAACAGCCAAGCUGAUAUCACGGCAGCGUCACCGCCGACUUGUACCGCCAGAGCCCAAUUCCAAUCAGCACCAUUUGAGCUUAAGUCCAUACCCAGAGAGACUCCAGUUAGCCGCCUCAGUUAUGAGCCGGAAGCUGUAGCAAAUACAUGCUUGGCUGAAUGCCGACAGGGCCGCUUACUCGUAGCAGUUGUCAAUAUAGUAAAGAUUGUAGAAUUGAAUGCGUCGAGUGGGAGUGAAUUAAGGCUUCUCGGGCCAGCGUCGUUAAUACAUAAGAGAAAAGAAGAAGGCAUGUACAUACCAGGAUGCCGGGAGGCCUGCCUUAAUGUGAGUUUUGAAGACAAUAGCCCCAGAAGGAGAAUGAAACAUACUAUCGCACGCAGUCAAUUAGGUGGUGAGAGGCGACAUGGGCAGAUUGAGCUGAGGUGUAAGUUUCACGUACAACACAUACAUCAUGAUGUUACAUCUCGGUCUACUGGAGCCGUAUACUUCCAGUGUCACUUUCUUUCUUUCAAUCUGAGGACAGCAGGAGUUGCGGGCUCCAGCGUAGUUUUCAAUUUAAUAUGUGUCACUAAUCAAUGUUGGCGCGUAACUAUUGGCAAUUAUUAG